AUGCUAUCAAUCUUGAAGAGAGAGUUUCCUGAUGGAAACUUUCAGAGCUUGUUUGAAGGAACCUCCUCGCGUGUUGUGCCUCCUUCCUCUGCCACUAUAGCUGCUGACCCUUUGCUGUCUUCCUUCAUUACGCCCAUGGCUGAUGAACUUUUCAUUCCAGAGUCAACUUCAGCCAAGAAGGCAUCGAUUCAUAGUUUGCCUGAACGGAAUGUUCAAAAGAAAUCACUUUCAGCAGAGGAUCACAGAGAAAAGUUGAAACAGAGCGAGUUUGUUCAAGGGAUCUUCUGCUCUGUGAUUCUUAAUGAUGGUUUAUAA